GGGGGGCGCAAAGGCAAAGCGGAGCCCCGGGACAAUCAAAACCAUCAACACAAAACCGCCGGCUGCGCUAGCUGUAUCUAUUCUCUUUUCCAAUACAAUCCGACUACAUUACUCAUCCUCUCGCCCCACUCGUUUUAUCUCUCUCUCUCUCUCUAUUCGUUGCGAUCUCCAAAAGUUUUCUGGGUCUCGAAGCAAUUCCAGGAAAAAGCUCUGGAACGUUCUGCUCGAGUCUAAUCUUUCAGUUAUUGAUUGCUUAGAGAAGGUUUCCAUCGACGGCGUUUUGCUCUGAUAACCAUCUUAUUGGCUGGGUAUGUUUUCAAAUUUCAAUUGCUGAGUUGUCUUCUAUCCUGUUUAGGGCGGGCAGUCAUAUGUGCCUCAAAGUGGGUCUCUUUGGUGUAGUGGUGCUGUCUUUGAAUCAGUAUAGGGAGAAUUUAGGAGAGUCUCUGAUGAAAUUUGUUAUUACCAGUGCUAUUGUUGAUUGUGAGAAUAGCAGCGAAGGUGUAGCUUAUUCAAUUCCUUAAGUUUGAUGGAACCAAACGUUUUACCUGGUGGGAUUUUCUCUCCUAUGGGAACAGGAAUGUUAGGGCUUGAAAUGCAAUUACAACCACCACCCCAUCACCGCCAACAACCUCCACAAAACCCUCAAAAUUCACAAAACCCUUCCCAUGUGAACCAACCCCAAAUGGCUGCUUUUGCCCACCAUGACCCACAGACCCAACAAUCUACUAAACAUGGGUACCCAUAUGCCAUCACCUCUGUAGCCUCAAAACCCAAACAACCAUCUCCUCUCAGUGAUGAUGAUGACCCUGGUUUCACUGCUGAUGAUACCACUGGGGAUGGUAAGAGGAAAAUCUCUCCAUGGCAUAGGAUGAAGUGGACUGACAACAUGGUUAGGCUCCUUAUAUUGGCAGUCUAUUACAUUGGUGAUGAAGUUGGAUCCGAAGGGAAUGAUCCCACAAGCAAGAAGAAGGCAGGGGCAUUGUUGCAGAAGAAAGGGAAAUGGAAAUCAGUAUCGAGGGCAAUGAUGGAGAAGGGGUUUUAUGUGUCUCCACAACAAUGUGAGGACAAAUUCAAUGACUUGAAUAAGAGGUAUAAGAGGGUUAAUGAUAUACUUGGUAAGGGAACUGCUUGCCGGGUUGUUGAGAAUCAAAGCUUGCUUGAUACAAUGGAUUUGUCCCCAAAAAUGAAGGAGGAAGUUAGGAAAUUGCUGAAUUCUAAGCACUUGUUUUUUAGAGAAAUGUGUGCUUAUCAUAGUAGUUGUGGGCAUAACUCAGCUGGUGCUGCUCCUGGUACUAAUCAGUCACCAGAGGGGGCGGUGGAGACAUCACAUGCUCAACAUCAGCAGGUACAGCAGCAGCGUUGUCUGCAUUCAACUGAUAAUGUCCAAAUUCUGGCAAAUUCUGGCAGAGCUGGAACAGAAGUAUCAAAUAUGGGGAAAAGGGUGACGGGUGAAGAGGGAGAUGAUGAGGAGGAGGAUGAGAGCGAUGAGGAUGAAGAUGAUGACGAGGAUGAUGAAGAGGAGACAGAAGAAGGCAAUGCAAGGGCCCAAAAUGGGCAUGGACAUGAAGAAGAUGAUGAGCAUGAUGUCAGGAGGCCGCUUAAGAUGCCAAGAAAGGAAGAGACCUCUGCUUCCAUUCAACAAUUGAAUGGUGAAGUUAUGAGUGUGAUGCAAGAUCCAGGGAAGACACCAUGGGAGAAGUCACAAUGGCUCAAGUUGAGGCUUCUGCAUUUGGAGGAGCAGCAAGUGAACCAUCAAUUUCACGCCUUUGAGAUUGAGAAGCAAAGACUGAAGUGGUUGAAAUUUAGCAGCAAGAAAGAGAGGGAAAUGGAGAGAGCAAAGCUGGAGAACGAACGAAGGCGGCUUGAGAAUGAGAGAAUGAUGCUUCUUGUACGCGAGAAGGAGAUCGAGUUACUUGAAAUUCAGCAUCACCAUCCUCAACAACAUUCCCCCAACAAGAGAAGUGACCCAUCUUCAGUCACUGGAUAGACUAUCAUAUUAAGUUUCAGAUCUUGUUCUCUUUUGUUAUUUUAAAUUUUGAUAGUGCUGUAUGUUAUUUCCAAUAAAGAAACUUGAUGUACAAUUCCAUCAGCAGCGAAAAUAGUUGUUGGGGGAAUAUGGGAUGGUCCAGUUUGUUAAUUUCUCAUUCGCAAUUUUAAUUCUUGUUAGAUGGGGA